UUGAAGAUUUGUUUUGUCAUGCCAUUGCAGACAUUGCAUACGAAUGGUACAGUGACGUUCAUACAGAUGGUGCAACAUUGCGAAUCGACGCUUGUGUCAUAACAAAGUUUCGGGUAAAGUUGUUAAUUCGUAAAGAACGUGUUAGACGUCAGGAUAAUUAA